AUGAUGACUUCAGAUUUGAGCUCUUCUCCUUCAUCGUCCGGCACCGAAUUCGCCGAUCCGAACCCUAGCACCGAUCCAGAGACGAAUUCCGAGCGUGUUCAAAGUCAAUUGGAGUCAAUGAAUUUGUCUGAGCCAAGCGAAGUCUCUGAUGGCAGUCACACGGACUACAGCGGCGGCGAUGAUGAUGACGAAAACGCAGGGGCGGUGGAGGUUGCAUUGUCCAACGGGAACGAAGGUGGAGUCAGUAAUGGAUGUGUUGCGGGAACUAGCGUAGAAGAGGAAAUAGAAGGAGGAGAGGCGUCGUCGAGAGCGGAGUAUCCGGUGGAAAUGGAGGCAGGGGAGGAGCCGCCGAGUCCGACUAGCAGCGGUUACGAUGGGGAGAGAGGGAGCAGCGGCGGAGCUACCUCCACUUACAAAGCCGAUGACGCCAGUGAGGAUGAGAUUCGGGAAGCCAAUGUGGAUGGUGACACUGCCUCGCAGCAUGAAGCCGCUUGGUUGCCCGGAAAACGCCAUGUCGACGAGGAUGAUGCUUCUAUUUCAUGGAGAAAGAGGAAGAAGCAUUUCUUCAUAUUGAGUAACUCCGGCAAACCCAUAUAUUCCAGAUAUGGAGAUGAACAUAAGCUUGCUGGAUUUUCAGCUACUCUUCAAGCUAUUAUUUCUUUUGUGGAGAAUGGUGGUGACCGUGUCAAUUUAGUCAAGGCAGGAAAACACCAGGUCGUCUUUCUUGUGAAGGGGCCGAUAUAUCUGGUCUGCAUCAGUUGUACAGAUGAAACAUAUGAAUAUUUGAGGGGGCAGUUGGAUCUUCUAUAUGGCCAGAUGAUACUGAUUUUGACGAAGUCAAUAGACAGAUGUUUCGAGAAGAAUGCAAAGUUCGACAUGACACCAUUGCUUGGAGGGACAGAGGCUGUCUUCUCUUCUCUUGUCCAUUCCUUUAGCUGGAACCCAGCUACAUUUCUUCAUGCCUACACUUGUCUUCCCCUACCGUUUGGGUCAAGGCAAGCUACAGGGACAGUAUUGCAAGACGUGUGCGCAUCUGGCGUCUUGUUCGCCCUAGUGAUGUGCAGACACAAGGUCGUCAGUCUUGCUGGUGCACAGAAAGCGUCUCUCCAUCCCGAUGACUUGCUUCUACUCUCCAAUUUCGUCAUGUCAUCAGAAUCAUUCAGGACAUCAGAAUCUUUCUCACCAAUAUGCCUACCAAGAUACAACCCUCAGGCCUUUUUACAUGCCUAUGUCCACUUCUUCGAUGAUGAUACAUACGUGAUGUUGCUUACCACACGGUCAGAUGCAUUCUAUCAUCUCAAAGACUGCAGGAUUCGCAUCGAGGCUGUUCUACUAAAGUCGAACGUUCUAAGCUCGAUUCAAAGAUCGAUCGCGGAAGGUGGAAUGCGCGUUGAGGAUUUGCCAAUAGACCGCCUGCUUCGACAGAAACCAAACCAGGGACAAGCUGGUCACGAGAGUCCAAGGGACGUAUCUGUGGGAACGGGAGGCCCUUUUGGACUCUGGCAUUUCAUGUACCGAAGUAUAUACUUAGAUCAAUACAUUUCCUCCGAGUUCUCUCCUCCAGUAACUAGCCACAGACAACAGAAAAGUUUAUAUCGCGCGUACCAGAAACUAUAUGCUUCGAUGCAUGAGAAUGGAUUGGGACCUCACAAGACUCAAUAUAGACGAGAUGAAAACUACACACUUCUGUGUUGGGUCACACCAGAUUUUGAACUCUACGCAGCAUUUGAUCCACUUGCAGACAAGGCGAUGGCGAUAAAGAUAUGCAAUCAGGUGUGCCAAAGGGUAAAAGACGUGGAGAAUGAAGUGUUCUUGCAAGGAGCUAGCCCAUUCUCUUGGUAA